GUCAAUUGCAUUUAGUUGGAAUUCCACUCUCAUCGGUACCGGUAGAAACGCUUCCAGUAAACCAUUUCUGCGGAACAUGAAAAUGUCAUCAAAAAAAGUGAAAAUUCAAUUUGCAUAUUCUACCAUAAUUAUCUCUGUGAUUAGUGUUACGAUAAUAGCGUCGCAAAUUCAUACGAGCAUUGCUUGGCAUUUAGCACAGUCUGGCCUCACUGAGUCCUAUCGCGUGCGCCACCUUUCGCUUCAUUAUUCGCGUGUAUUCAUUUGUAUCAGUGUGAAGAGUCAACUAUUUCCGACGCUGAUCGCCACCAACUGGCCUGGCAGUUAUGUGCCACUGCAGAGUUCAAUUUAUCCACAUAGUAGUGCGCACGCGAAUGGCAACAGAAGUGAUUGUGAGUUGAUACAGAAGGCCAUUUGGACGCAAGUGGAUAAUUUGGGCCGUCUAUGGGUGUUUGAUGCGGGAUGGGAGGAAGUGGAGUCGAAAGGUGCGAAUGUAUGUCCGCCAAAAUUGUUGGUUUAUGACUUGAUUCGAAACGAUGCAGAGGUGUUACGCAUCGACUGCAGCAGCCACCUAACGCCCAAAGACGCCGAAAAGUUAGUCAUUAAGUUGGGCCCAAAUCCUGUGCUCUGUAAGGUGGAGAAAUAUGUUUACUUUCUGCCGCCCGAUGAUGCGCACAUUCUCGCUUAUGAUAUCGUCGAACAGAAGUGGCUGCGACGUGUACUGUAUAGUCGCAAAUUCCACGGCAUCAUCGAAGAGCUAUUUCCAAUUAAACCAAUUGACAUCGCCUUCGGCCUGCAACAAGAACUGCUCUUUGCCGAUGCGGAUGGCAAGUUGUAUGCCACACCGAAUUCGCAAUUGAAGACGCAGUUGGGUAAUGCUGUCAAACGUAAUGCGAAUGAAAUGGCAACUGAAUGGAAAGAGCAGCAGCAAGUGGAUGUGGACGACAUAAAUGACAAAUCGAAUGCCAUUGAACUGGAGCUACUGGGCAGCUUGUUGGCGUCCAGCAAGGGAAUGAUGGUGGAUGUGCGCACCGGUGUGCUUUUCUAUGCGGUACCCAAGUUCGGCGCAAUUGUGCGUUGCGCAUAUCAUCGCAACUUGACGGCGGAAGACAAUGAGAUCGUUUACUUUACUUCGAAGAAUAUACAACAGAUAUUCUUUAGCAGUGCGGGUGCUGUAUGGUUGCUGACAGAUCGUGUGCUGCAGCCGAAUGAUUAUUGCUUUGCGAAUAUUUAAUGGAAGCGACUUAUUAAUUA